AAGUCCCUGUCCCUCCUGCCUGUCUGCUGUUUCCUGGUGUCACUGAGAACAAGUUUCUAAAGAACUUCCUACGCCUCAGGCUUGAUACUGGAGGCCAGGAGUCCUGGAAAUGUUCCUGCAAGUAUUUCUGUCCUUGAAGCCUUGAGGCCAUCAGCCAGGGGAGCUGUAAACAGGAGGAAGAAGGGGAUGCGCCCACGGGAGCCUGCCACAGCCACCUGAGCCUGCAAUGCUACCUCCAGACCUGCCUCCCAGGCGCUUUCCAGAGAUGGAUUAUUUUACUUUCCUCGUGGCUCUUCUUCAUGUACACAAAGCUCUAGGUGAAGAGAUAUUUUGGGACACAAGAGUCAAACUUGCAGAGACUCUGACUCUCGAGUGUCAGUAUCCAUUGGGCACCUUAGUCCAGAUGGAGUGGUUCAAGAUCAAUGCAACGGGGAAAGAGGAAAUAAGGGAGCCCUAUGUUGGUAGGGUUUACUUCUUGAAGUCAACCUCGGGUCCCAACGAUAUGAUGCUGGCUUUUCACAAUGCCUCUGAGGCUGACGUCGGUUCCUAUUCCUGCCUUCUUGAAAUAUUCCCAUAUGGAUCUUGGGAAAAGGUGAUACAGGUGGUUCCAUCAGAUAGCUUUGAGAUAGCUGUGCCAUUGAAUAGCCAUGUGGUCUCAGAGCCUGGAGAAAACAUCACAUUCAUGUACGAACUUCAAAUGAAGGGUCCCAUGCAACAAGUCACAUGGGAAAAGGUCCAGUCCCAUCAGAUCGACCUCCUAAUCAGCUGCAACUUAUCCCAAGGGAAAAGCUUCCCCUCAAGGUUUAGGAGGCAAAUCCUGAGCAACUGUAGCCAGGGGAUGAGAAGGAGCUUUAUCCUCAUGCCCCACGUCGUGGCCUCUGACUCCGGACUUUACCGUUGUUGCUUCAAGGCCAGCACAGGAGAAAAUGAAACCUUUGUAGUAAGGUUGACCGUAACUGAUGGUAAAAACGACAACCAGUAUGUCCUCUGGAUGGUUGUAGGGGCAGUUUUAUCGUUGCUGUUUGUUAUCCUAAUUGCCGCUGUCAUUGUCAUUCUGUAUAACAGGAAGAGAAGGAGACAGAAAAGUGUCCAAGGUAAAGAGUCCCAGGCCACACAGAAUAAGGCAUCCAACAACUACAGAAGUUCCUUCUCCAUCAGUCAACCAUCAGAUGGUGCAGGAGAGGACAUUUAUGUCAACUACCCAACCUUCUCCCGGAGACCGAAGACUAGAGCCUAAGCUUUUUUCUUGAUCUGAGCAAACUUAUGACUGUUAAAUCCAUGGAUCUUUAUACAAUUUCUUCCCACUAUUCAAUGUCUACCCUGGAUGCCAGUAGACUGAAUAUAUUUUACUUUUUUCAAUCCAAACAGCACCCUAUUUAAUUCCCCAACAAAAUGAUGGAAAAAAGAUUCUCAGUACUACAUUUACAUAUGAAAUCUCCACCUAGUAAGUAAUAGAAGCCUAUGUGCCAAUUUCUAAAAACAGUUAUAAGAUACAUACACAAUUGUGGGUAUAUUAACAAAACAGAAUAUGACAAAAUGUUAAAGACAAUCUCCUGUCUAUGGGUCUCAUCACCUCUGACCUGAAGGGGCAGCUGUGAUGGCCUGGAAGACAUCAGAGCCUCUUCUGCUUCCUCAUCCCAGGACUGUGCUCAGGGCAUAGAGGUGCCUGUCUGUCUUGCCCCCGAGCUACAGUGCAAGCCCUGCUGCUGGCCUGGACACCAAACCACCAGAUCCACCUGCUCUUGUUCUCCCUGGUGUUGGUGACCUAUACCAUCUAGAGAACAUUCUUAACAGAAAUGUUUCAGUCAACCCGACUCUAAUUAGCUUAGACAUGAAAGGCAGCUUACUGACUCAUGUAAUGGAGCCUUCCGGGGAGGUCAAGCUUCAGGCAAAGGUUAUUGACCAGGACUUAAAUGUCAUGUCUGAAAUCAAGUGUGGGCACAAACCAGCUUCUGGAUCCCUUUCCAUGGCAUUGGAUCCACUUCACUGGUGUUGGUCUAACUCUGUGGUUGGCAAACUGCGGCUUGCGAGCCACAUGUGGCUCUUUGGGCCCUUGAGUGUGGCUCUUCC